AUGAUUGAAUCUCAGAGGCAUUCUUAUCAUUUGGUAGAUCCAAGUCCAUGGCCUAUUUCGGGUUCACUCGGAGCUUUGGCAACCACCGUAGGAGGUGUGAUGUACAUGCACCCAUUUCAAGGGGGUGCAAGACUUCUAAGUUUGGGCCUCAUAUUUAUCCUAUAUACCAUGUUCGUAUGGUGGCGCGAUGUUCUACGUGAAUCCACGUUGGAAGGACAUCAUACCAAAGUCGUACAAUUAGGACCUCGAUAUGGUUCUAUUCUGUUCAUCGUAUCGGAGGUUAUGUUCUUUUUUGCUUUUUUUUGGGCUUCUUCUCAUUCUUCUUUGGCACCUGCGGUAGAGAUCGGAGGUAUUUGGCCCCCAAAAGGGAUUGAGGUUUUAGAUCCUUGGGAAAUCCCUUUUCUUAAUACCCCUAUUCUCCCUUCAUCCGGAGCUGCCGUAACUUGGGCUCAUCAUGCUAUACUCGCGGGGAAAGAAAAACGAGCAGUUUAUGCUUUAGUAGCUACCGUUUUAUUGGCUCUAGUAUUUACUGGCUUUCAAGGAAUGGAAUAUUAUCAAGCACCCUUCACUAUUUCGGAUAGUAUUUAUGGUUCUACCUUUUUCUUAGCAACAGGCUUUCAUGGUUUUCAUGUGAUUAUAGGUACUCUUUUCUUGAUUAUAUGUGGUAUUCGGCAAUAUCUUGGUCAUCUGACGAAGGAGCAUCACGUUGGCUUUGAAGCAGCUGCAUGGUACUGGCAUUUUGUAGACGUAGUUUGGUUAUUCCUAUUUGUCUCUAUCUAUUGGUGGGGAGGUAUAUGA